AUGGCGAGCACAUCAACUUUGACAUUAAAGCAGAACCGGCGAAAGCGACCAUCAUUCAGCCCUGUUAAGACUAGGCAUUCAUCCCUCCCACCUUGGGCCAGGUCCGAGUUCCCAACCUUGAAAACUGAGGAAUCUGCAAUCAACUCAGCGUAUUGUAUUGAAUCAUCCGCCCUCGACUUUAACGAGUUUUCACUGCUUGAUGAUGGAUCGACCCCAUCCUUAGGGAAUAGAUAUCAUGACUUGCUCUUUGAAUACCUACGAGAGCAUUUCGGGGUUGAAGACAUGUGGGUUAUGCAGCCAUUCAUAUUCCUUCGUUGCUCUGACCGACCGGACCCCACUCAACGCCCUUUUACCAUAUCGGGCUGCUUAGCCUUAUGGCUGGGAAUGGAUGACCCGCUGCCCACUCUCGCUCCUGGUUCUUCUGGGGGGAGACGGAAAUAG